AUGGCUGACGACAACACUUGCCCUGGGCUCAGGGUGCUGGUGACGUACAGUGACGACCCGGGCUGGACGCACGAACGAGUGCUACUGUGGCUGCACAGUGAGGCUCGCACGAGCUGGCAGAUCUACACGCCUGGCAAUGACUUAUACGCUGAGGAUUUCGGCGACUACGCCUCGCUCAUCCCCAUGUCGGGGCGGAGGCGUUAUCCACCGGGCGUCAGGAACGCGGUGGCGUCCAACAGGGGUCUGCAGGCAGCCGAGUUGGUCUCGCUCAUCAGGCGCGGUCGAGGCGAGGCCGACUGGCUCGCAGGCAGGCUGGACAUCCCCGCGCCGACGGCUGUGGAGGUCCCUCGCGUGCGGCGCCGCCUGCGCAGGAAGGGCGCGGAGGUCCAGACCGACCUCCCUGUGCUCGGUGACGGAAGGUCGUGGGUUCGUUGCUCCUUCGAGGACAGCGACUUCGGCCAGAUGGUACCCCUCCCAGCAGCUGCCAUCCUGCGAGGCCGCUACGGGCUCGAUAAGGAUGAGAUGGGCGAGUGGCGUCUCAUAGAGUACGUGCUGGACGAUCAGGCCGACAGCUGGCGAGAUGACAAGCUGGUGGCGGCGGAUCGGCAGCGGCCACCACGAGGCGCCCUUGACGAUCGGCUCUUCGGCGGCGGCGGGGGCGGCACCGCAAUGCCCCCUGGCGAGCCCACGGUUGCGGCUGUCGCAGCGGGCGCCGGCGAGGAGCAGGCCGAGGAUCUGCGCACGUGCUGGAUCGACGUUGACGAGACAGGUUCGAGGUUCAAGGGGUGGCGCAAGGUAGUGCAGGAGAGCACGCAGGAGGUGUUCUCGGACUCGAGCCUGCGCGGGCCGCCUGCCUGCCUGGAGGUGCGCCGUAAGAUGUAUCGGCACGGCGGCAUGCCCAAGAUCUGGUUCCAGGAGUGGUGCAAGGAGACGGGGAUCUCUCGACGGGAUCGUGCAUACCACGAGGUGCAGACACUCAUCGAGUGUCUGUACCUCGCGGGCACCUACGACCAGGUGAACAUGGGAGCGCUGGCGUCGCUGGAGGUGAUCGCCCGCCGGCUGCUGCAGCACACGGAGGCAUGCGCGCACGGUGCGGACCACGCGAACUGGGCGGCGGCGAAGCACCUGGCGGGGACGACGAUGCCGAGGGCGGUCGCGGCGCUGCGGCUGCCGCGGUGGACGCUGGCGGCUUGCCGAUCGGAGGCGGCGAUGGAGGUGGCGGGGCUGGAGACGGUGCCGAUGCAGGCCGCGGCCGUGGCCGCGACCGAGGCCGAGGCGGGCGGGGUCGAGGCCCCCGCCCGCCGAUCGAAGGGCACCAGAGGGCUACGCGGCGCUUCCUUCUUGCCGCUGACCCGCCUGAGCGAGCUGCCUCCCGAGUGGUGCGAGGGGCUCAGCGCGGCGCAGCGCCGUCGCUGGCUUCGGGACGGCAGCGCUGCUUGCGAAAGCUUGAAUUACUUGCAUGGAGGCAUCCACCGAGGCGAUCGGGCACCAGCGAGCCUGACAAGCCAGAUGAAGACGGAUGCCAUUUCCGCGGACGUGCAGCAGCGCGUUUUCUCGGCGGCUCGCCGGUGGAUAGACGUUGACAGCGCCGUCAGUGAGGAGGAGGCCCUUGCCAGGCUUCUUAAGGGCAAGGCGGGGUAUGCCCCCCUUGGCUCGACCAGCAUGGGCUCCUACGAGUACUCGCGGGUGAGCUUGCCAGACAGUGUCGUCGACGCGCCGCCUCUGGCCACCAUGCUCCCUGCGCAGGCAAAGCAAUACCUGAAGCAGCCUAAGAGCGUGCUUGGAUUAUUCGUUGUGAAGAAGAAGGAUGGGGCUCGUCUUCGCCUCAUCGUCGACUGCAGGCGGAGCAACGCCUUGUUUCGCCCUCCUCCUGGGGUCGACUUGCUGUCGGGCGAGGGGCUCGGCCGCAUAGAGAUGCCCAUCAUGGAGGCCUCCGACUUUGCCGGGCUCUGUGCGGUGCUUGGCAUGGGCGACGUGGCCGACUGUUUCCACGGGAUGAAGCUGCAGGGCGACAUCAGGCACUAUUUCUGCUGGCCGCCACUGGAUGCUGCUCUGACUGGAGAGACACUGGUCGAAGGGCGCCCUGUGCACGCCGGCGAGCAGGUUUGGCCGAUGAGCCAGAGCCUGCCAAUGGGCUUUUCGUGGUCCCUGUAUUUCGGCCAGGCCGCCAACCAGCGCAGGCUCGAUCGACAGCCGUCGUUGGCGGGUAGCCUGCGUGUGAGCGAUCGCGGGCCGCCGCUUGUCCUUGGACGAGGUCCCGCGGGCUCGGAGUUGGGCCACUACAUGUGCGUCGACAAUGCUGGCGUGAUCGGUUUCGACGCAGCGCGUGUGACAUGCGCGCUGCAGGAGGCCCAGCGUGUCUUCGAUGGCGAUCAUCUGAAGUUCCACGAGGUGGAGGCGAUGCCUGAGGGAGGUCGCACCCUGGGCUGCUCUCUCGACGGCAGGCACCGAGCGACCCGCCCUACUGACGAGAGGUUCGCCAUGGUGCGGAAGGGGUUGAGGUGCCUGCUGAGGAGACGCAAGGUUGCCGGCUGGCAGCUGGAGAUGGCGCUGGGCCACAUGGCCUUCAUGGCCCUGGUUCGCCGCGAAGUGUUGUCCAUCUUCCACUCGGUCUACGCCUUUGUGGCGCAGAGCUACCACGCCUUCUCCGUGCAGUGGCCCACCGUGCGCGAGGAGUUGAAAUGCUACCUGGGCAUCAUGGUGAUGCUGGAGUCGAGCUGGACCAGGCCGUGGAUGCCAGUGGUCUACUCCUCCGACGCCAGCCUGCACGGCUACGGCGUGGCGGAGGCCUGCUUCGGGACCGAGACGGUGGCGGAGAUCGGCCGCGUUUCGGAGCUGGCGCUGUGGCGGCUGGGUGCUGGGCUAGCGAGACAGCAUGCCUUCGAGUGCGCUGGCUUCCUCUUGGACAGCGAGACCGGCGAGGUUGUCCGAGAUGAGGCGGGGGCCCCGAAGCGGCUGGACGCCGAGCUCCAGCGCGUGCUGGCCAGCGAGCGCUGGGAGCUGGACCCGAGCUUCCCCGAGGUGCCCAGCUGGCUCCUGCACGACUCGCAUUGGGCCACGGUCAUGGCCGACCGAUGGGCCUUCGCCGAUGAUAUCCUUAGACUCGAGGCACGAGCGUUGGUGAAGGCUGCAGCUCGUGCCGCGCACUGUCAGUUCCUGCGGACCCUGUCGAUGCUCCCGCAGCGGAGGCCCGUGGCAGUAGAGAGCAGUCGGCGGCGGACGCUGAGCCGCACUGCGGCGCCGACGCCGGCCGCCCCGCUCGAGACAGGCCGCAGGCGGACGCGGGCGCUGAGCAGCCCUGGUCGCCGGCUGGAUUCAGGAAAACCGCCGCCGGCGCAGAGGUCUCGCACGCUGGACCAGAGCCGCGGGCCGGCCGCGAGGCUGGUGCUGGAGGGCGCCGCCCGACCGCCGCAGCAGAGCUCAGUGGAAGCUUGCUUGCGGCUGAGCCCCGGCGGGCCGCGCCAGGCCGACCAGGCCGUCGCCGGCCACGAGGUUGCCGAGGUCGCGGCGGAGAGCGAGAGCAUCGAGAGCAGCGACGCCGAAGAGCCGCCGGCUGCCGCGCGUUCCCGAAGGCGUCUGGAGACGCGCGGGAAGGCUCGGAUCAGGAAGGCGAUCGAGGUGCUAGAGACCGCAGAGUCGGGCAGGGACGACGUGAAGCUGGGCAUCAGCUACCUCGAGAAGAGCCUGCCCGAGCUCAAGGAGCUGGACGGCCAGCUGGUCGAAUACAUGAACGAGGAGUUCUUGAAGGGCGUCAAGGCCUGGCGGGGCGAAAAGCUGCUCGCUGGGCUGAUGUUCUUCCACCCGGACUUCGGCCGCCUGGGCGGGUUGCAUCUGCCGAAGUCAUUGCGCUGCCUGAAAGGGUGGAAGAAGCUUUCACCAUCUCGAUCUCGGAAGCCCUUGGUGUUCGCGAUCUGGGCGGCGUUGGCAGUGGAGCUCUGCCGCCUGGGGGCGCCUCUGGUAGGAGAGAUGUUGAGCCUCACGAGCGAUUCAUUUCUGGCGCCGACGGAGCAUGCAGUGCAGAACUGGGUUGUAUGGCUGUUUCCAGAGGCUGGGGUGGCUCGGAGCAAGGUGGGGUCAGCGGACGAUACCAUCCCUUGCGAUUCAGGACGUUGCCCGUGGAUGUGUCACAUCUUCAAGGCUUUGAAGGAUCGCCAGUCAUCCCGGCCCCUCCUGGACUUGAGCUACCCGCAGUUCCUGUGCCUCUUCCGGAGAGCGGCCACGAACAUCGGAGUCGACGUCGUCCCAUACCAAGGCCGGCACAGCGGAGCAUCGCUGGAUCGGGCUACGGGGCGACGCCCUCUGGAAGAGGUUCAGAAAAGAGGGCGAUGGGCUGCGAUGAGUUCGGUGAAGAGAUACGAAAAGUCAGGACGACUGAACGAGAGCUGGGAGAAGCUGGGCGACGCCUCCAAGGCACACUGUGCCGCGGCGGCAAACCUGCUGCAAGAGGUGCUGCCGCUGGGGCGCCCCGCGCCUGCGCCGCCGCUCGGCG